CCGACCCACCGCUUCACACACGCACUCUGCUUCUCACAUCCAUUCAGCUCGAUUCCGCAUCGUUGGCCGAAGAUGACCGUGACCAUUACGGGGCCAUCCACGAGCCUAACCUCCACCAACCGCGGAGAGUAGAACCGGAGCAGAGGAGAGAGAGAGAGAGUAACCCACCUCUCUCGUCUCUCCCCAUCAUCUGCGUCAAUCCUCUGGACUGCAUACCGACAGCUGAAGACACAGCGAUUUCUGCUGAAAUCUAGCCCUCACCCACAAACACUCUUCUGCUUUUAGCUCUCAAGCCGCGUCUCGUCGGGGUAUUGUGGAAGUAAUUUCACACAAGGAUUUUUUCUGAUCUGUAUUCACUUAAAAUGGAUAAUAUAAACGUGGAGUCGGUGGAGAAGGAGUGCGGGGCGCUUGGUGGAUUAUUCCAGGCGAUUGUCAACGAUAUGAAGUGUUCAUAUCCUGUCUGGGAAGACUUCAGUGCCAAGGCCACCAAGCUGCACUCUCAACUCCGAACCACGGUUUUAGCAGCAGUUGCAUUUCUGGAUGCCUUUCAGAAGGUGGCAGACAUGGCGACCAACACAAGAGGUGCCACCAGAGACAUCGGAUCAGCGCUGACCCGCAUGUGUAUGAGGCAUCGCAGCAUUGAGGCUAAACUACGCCAUUUUACUAAUGCUUUGAUGGAGAGCCUGAUCACUCCGCUACAGGACCGUAUUGAAGACUGGAAGAAGACAGCCAAUCAACUAGACAAGGACCAUGCCAAAGAGUACAAACGGUCUCGUCAUGAAAUAAAGAAGAAAUCUUCAGACACCAUGAAAUUACAGAAGAAAGCCAGGAAAGAGCUACAGGGCCGGGGGGACUUUCAGCCACAGCUGGACAGUGCAAUGCAGGAUGUGAAUGACAUGUACCUGCUGAUGGAGGAGACGGAGAAACAGGCGGUGCGGCGUGCUCUAGUGGAGGAGAGAGGACGCUUUUGUACCUUCAUCAGCUUCCUGCAGCCUGUAGUGAAUGGAGAGAUUGCCAUGUUGGGAGAGAUCACUCAUCUCCAGGCCAUUAUUGAUGAUCUCACCGUGUUAACCUCAGACCCCCACAAACUGCCCCCAGCCAGUGAGCAGGUAAUAAAAGAUCUUAAGGGUUCUGAUUACUCUUGGUCCUACCAGACUCCCCCCUCUUCUCCCAGCAGCUCCGGCUCCAGGAAAAGCAGCAUGUGCAGCAGUGUAAACAGCACCCAUAGUAGCGCCUCUCGAUCCUCUGGUGGCUCUCAGACUCACUCACCCAGUUCGUCCUGUCGCUACCGCAGCCUGGCCCAACCGCUAACAACCGCUGCACACCGCCUCAGCAGCGUCUCCUCCCACGACUCCGGCUUCAUCUCCCAGGACGCCAACGUCUACUCCAAACCCCCAUCACCCAUGCCCUCCGAUAUAACCAGCCAGAAGUCGUCAAGUUCAGCGUCCUCAGAAGCAUCUGAGACCUGCCAGUCAGUUAGUGAGUGUAGCUCUCCAACCACAGACUGGUCCAAGGUAGGUUCCAGUGAGCAGCCGCUGACCAGCACACUUCAGAGGAGGAAGGAGCCUCUGGAUAGGCUGAGGGAGGCAGAAACCUCUCCUCAGUCACAGGGGUAUACUGGGAUGCAUUCAGAAGACCCCCAGAGGCCAAGGAUGAACCCGGCCACUACAGCUGCCAAGCAUGGUGAGGAGGUUUCCCCAGCUGCUAGUGAUCUAGCUAUGGUCCUGACACGAGGCCUCAGCAUGGAGCAGCAGAAGAGCAGCCGAGACUCUCUUCAGUACUCUAGUGGAUACAGCACUCAGACAACCACCCCAUCCUGCUCUGAAGAUACCAUCCCCUCACAGGGCUCCGAUUACGAUGGUUACUCAGUGAACGGAGAUACUGAGGCCGACGGUCAGGCUGAAUUUGAUAAAUCCUCCACAAUUCCCCGUCACAGUAAUAUCGCCCAGAACUACCGCCGCAUGAUACAGACUAAGCGUCCCGCCAGCACAGCAGGCCUGCCCAGCGGAAUGGGUGCUCUGGGCGGACCACUCGGCGGAGGGGGCGGUAUUCCCGGUACGGCCACCAUUCGCCGAACGCCGUCUACGAAGCCCGGGGUGAGGCGCACCCUCUCCAACGCUGGCCCUAUUCCUAUACGCCCACCCAUCGUGCCAGUCAAGACCCCCACUGUGCCUGACUCACCCGGCGGGUACACUGGCCCUCCUGCCCGUGUGGGCAGUGAAGAAUGUGUCUUUUAUGUGCCGGAUGACGCCUCCCCGGUAGCGCUGGAGUACGUGAAGGCCUCUCCGAAGCGGCUGAGCCUGCCUAACACUGCCUGGGGCUCAGGGGGCGUAGGCGGCUUAGAGAUGAGCGUCUACAGCCAACCGGGUGAAGAAGAUCACCUGCUGGCUGCCAAUCGCCACAGUCUGGUGGAGAAGAUCGGGGAGCUGGUGGCCAGCGCUCACGCAUUAGGUGAGGGCCAGUUCCCUUUCCCCUCGCUUCCAAACCAGCCCCCGCCGGGCCCCGAGUCCCAACUCGAUCCCGAAGCGCCCCAGGAGGGUGAGGACAUGCUGAGGUCUAUUCGUCGAGGGGUGCGACUGCGCAAAACCGUCUCCAAUGAUCGCUCAGCGCCCCGGAUUUUGUGAUGCCUCUUGGAGAGAUGGGAGAAUAUAAGCGAAGUAACCCAGAAAAAAAACUUCACAAUGACUCUUUAGAAAAUGAGAUAUGAAAAAGAGGAUUAAAAAAUUAAAUGUUUAAAGUCAUUAUAGAAAAUCAUGAAUAACAGUAAUGAAAAAAAGUAAAUGAUAUGUAACUGCAGGCUCAGGCCACUAUAACUCUUAGCGUGUCCGAACGCAUGUUUGUCUUAUUAACACGCCCAUCACCGCGGGAUAGUUGAACUUUAGUGAGACAAUUAACUACUGACAGAAAAAGGGACCAGGAUGUCCGCAUGGUCCCUGUAGAAUAACGGCCCUCCCCAAAUUAUGGACCCCAGGAAUCAGUGCUGGAGAAGCUCACGGGGUACGCAGGGGCUCGUCACAAAUUCUUGCCCUCCACAACGCUCUCGCUAACCCCGCCCUCACCUCCAGUAAAAUUGACAUCACAUCCUGAAAGUCUUGUGGUAUCGCUGUUGUGUGUUGGUCUGCAGUCUGGAGGUGAGCAGGGCUCUGCUGCAGGUCAGCUCGUGGUUGCGUAGAGGGACAGGAUUUAUCUUUUGUUUGUACACUUCCGUUGUCUUGUUUGUUUUAUUUACAAGCAGUUAAUCACCUCCUAGCUCCUAAGAGUAGGAAACGUUCAUGUCAGGUAUUUGGCUUUUUGUAGAUUUAGGGUGAAAAACCACCAUGAUAAUGUGGAGCAAUAAUGCUUUUUUCCUUUUUUUUUUCCUUUGAUGGGGGAAGGUUUCGAAGAUCAGCUUGUAAUAAAGUUGUGCGUUUUUGAUGUUCAGGUAUCUUUGGGGAAGCAGAUGCUUUCGAAGACUUCUUGUUGAGUCUAAUUAUGGCUUAUUUAAAAAGAAAAUGAGAAAUAGAAAGGAUGCAGAGCACUUUUAAUGCGUAGUUUUGACCACUAAUUGUCACUGUGGCCACACUGUGUGUGGUGAAUGCUGUGAGACGCCGCGGUCACAUGCCCUGGUACAUAGGGAGACGAAUGCGUGUAGCAAUGUUAUGAUAUAGGAAAAAAGAGAGAGAUGGGAUGUGAAGCAGAGAUGGACGUAAGAAGAAUGAUUUGGCAACACUUUGCAGUAGGAUCAAUUUGUUAACAGUAUUAAUUAAUGUAUUAGGUAUCACAAACUAACAAACAGAAUUUAUUCAUCUAGAUUAAUGUUAAUUUCUACUUAUUCUUGUGCAUUUUUUAUAUUUCAAGUGGUAUAAAUUAGCAUCGGCUAAUGUAUUAUGAACAAACAAUAGUACACUGCCAUUCAAAG